CAAGUGGCUGGCGACCUAUAUAAGGAGACCCCUUUCCAGCAGUAGUCAGUUCAGUCCGAGGACCAUGAAAUUCUUGACGGUAUUCGCAUUCGCCUGUGUGGCAACGUUUGUGGUGCUCCACAGCGCCUACGGCUCUCCACUGCCGGAGCCAGCUCCCGAACCCAGUCCAGUGGCCGAUCCCAAGCCCAAGGCGGAGCCUUCGCCCGACCCCGAGCCCGUAGCCAGCCCAGCAGCCGACCCAGGUCCGAAUCCCAGUCCGAGGGCAGAGGCAAAUCCCAGUCCCUUGCCAGCAGCUGCUCCGCUGGAACCAAAGGCACCUCUGGCCGCCGGUGCUGAUGCCAACUUCGUGGCCCUCUCCGCCAAUGCAGAACCCUUGGUUCCGGCCCCAGGUGCAUCCCCGAAAUUGGAUGAGGCUCCGGCCGAUACCCUAGCGGCUUAGUCGGAGGAUGUCCCAACAUUAAGGAGCACCAGCAGCAGCUAAAAAUCUAAAUGGAGCCUGCACACCCACACACAAGGAAGACACACACACAUAUCUUAAUCUCCGGUAUUUU